UUACCGCUAACUUCACUGUUGCUUGCUUUGGUUACAUGUUGUUAAGUCGCGUUCAAAUGAAACAACCCCUUAACUAAAAAUAUGGCAAAUAUUACAGCUGCUGUGACCACAGCUGCGGCGAGGGAUCCCGCUGUUGACCGCUCCUUACGCUCUGUCUUCGUCGGAAACAUUCCGUACGAAGCCACAGAAGAGCAGCUCAAAGACAUAUUCUCAGAAGUUGGACUUGUCGUCAGUUUCAGGUUGGUGUAUGACCGAGAAACAGGGAAACCAAAGGGCUAUGGGUUCUGCGAGUACCAGGACCAGGAGACUGCGCUCAGUGCCAUGCGUAACCUGAACGGUAGAGAGUUCAGUGGCAGAGCCCUGCGUGUGGACAACGCGGCCAGUGAAAAGAACAAGGAGGAGCUAAAGAGUUUGGGCACUGGGGCUCCGAUCAUCGAGUCUCCCUAUGGAGAUAGCUGUUCCACGGAGGAGGCUCCAGAGUCUAUCAGCAGAGCUGUGGCUAGCUUGCCUCCUGAGCAGAUGUUUGAGCUCAUGAAGCAGAUGAAACUGUGUGUUCAGAACAGUCCCCAGGAGGCACGGAACAUGCUCUUGCAAAACCCCCAGUUAGCCUACGCUCUUCUGCAAGCCCAGGUCGUCAUGAGGAUUGUAGAUCCAGAGAUCGCCUUGAAAAUGCUUCAUCGGCAAGCUGCUGUGCAGCCCAUAAACCCCAGCAGCCAGGCAGGGCCAGUGCCAGGCUCCAACCAGCCUCUUGCUCAGCCCAGCGCUCCCGUGUCCCAGCCACAGGCUAUGGCAGGAAUGCAUGUGAAUGGUGCUCCCCAGAUGAUGCAGCCUUCUCAGAUGGGAGGUGGAGUGCCAGGGCCAAUCCCAGGACAGGGCCCUCUGGGACCAGGAGGUGGGAUGCAGCCUCAGAUAGGAAUGCCUCAAGGAGGCCCCGUUCCCAUGGAUAGAGGACCAGGCCAAGGAACCCUUCAGGACUCCCCUGUUGGAUCAUCUGGUCAGGCUGCUAUCGAGCGGCCGCAAGUGCCCAUGGUAGACCCACGGGCUCCUAUGCGAGGAGCACCACCAGGACCCCAAGGCAUUCCCCCCCGAGGCCUCCUGGGUGACGGUCCUAAUGACCCUCGAGGUGGAUCACUAGUAAACGUCACUGGAGAUGUAGUGGAGCCAGGUCGGGGUUAUAUGGGUGCUCCACCACCGCACCAAGGGCCACCGAUGCACAUGGCUCCCCCAGAUAUGCGUGGACCCCAUGACAUGAGAGGAGCCCCCAUGAUGGGAGAUCCCAGAGGCCCAAUGAUGGAACAGCGUGGGCCACCUUUGGACUCCAGGGUUCCUAUUCCUCAAGGUCGCGAUCCUCGGGCUGUAGAUGCUCGGGGUCCUGUGGCAGGCCAGAGAGUUCCUGUAGCCAGUGGAAUGCAGGGUCCUCCACACGCAAUGGGAACAAGUGCACCGCCGUCGGCUCGACCUGGCCCUGCCUCUGACGUGUCAUCGCAAGACCACGAAAAGGCUGCUCUGAUCAUGCAGGUGCUGCAACUGACCCCAGAACAGAUCGCUAUGCUGCCACCCGAGCAGAGGCAGAGUAUUCUCAUUCUGAAAGAGCAGAUCCAGAAGACGGCUGGUGCACCUUGAAGAUUCCAAGCGUGCCAAAUGACACGAGACACGCUUGCAACACAUGCUUGGCUUUGUUCUGUAUUGGUCUAUGAUGGACUGCCAUGUUAAAUUUUGAAACCUGCGUUUGUUUAGAAAGUAAAUGUAUGGCAGUUGCACUGUUGAUGUUGAAAGCAAACAAACCUGGAUGUGGUCUCACAGGGAGACAAGCACAUGACUGGACUUUAUUAGUUACUUUAUUGGCUGUCAGAACAUUUCAAUAAAAAAAAGUGAAAAAUC